AUGACAACUGACUUUUUGCUACCCGUUGUUGAUGAAGACUUCUAUCCAGAUAUUCCAGCUAAGCUGCUUGAACAAGGGAAGCACAAGAAACUUGAUAUAAUGCUUGGUGUAUGUCAGCACGAAGCAUUCCUCUGGAACUUUGGUCAUUUGCAUCAUAAUCAAAGUACAAGUUAUUAUGUCAAUCAUUUUAAAAACUCACUUCAGUCUACCUUACAAGGUUUGUUAAAAAUAUUGUGGUAAAUGUUUAUGUUAAAAGCUGUUAAAGAUUAGGAAAAUCCCCAGGGUCCCAUAAUGGUUUUAUAGAUUGCGGGCUCAACGCCAGAAACAAAUUAUUUACUCUGGAGAUACAAAUAUAGCAAUAAAACAUUUUAAGCUACGUUGUAAAAUUAACCAAAAGUAUAUUCCUAAUAUAAGUAGGCCUACUAUGAUAAGUGUUAGACAGUAAAUCAGAAUAAUCAGAAUAAUUCUAAUGGCUUAAUGGAUUUAUAUUUUAUUCAAAAGGUUUCUCCAAGAAUGCACUAAAAACAGCAAUGGACUUGUAUUUGCCCGAAUGCACACCUAAUUUUAUCGAAGCCUUGAGACCAACCAUUGAAUUUCAAACAGACAAAUAUUGGAGCUGUGAAACAGCAAAACUCGCUAGAAGCUGGUCUACCAGAUCAGUUGGUAGAACUUAUUUGUACAGAUUUUCAUAUGCUCCUCCACUGGAUCUCUUGCUUUACUAUCCUCAAGGUUCAUUUGGAUUUGCAGCUCAUGCAGCUGACCUCGUGGUGAGUAUACAAUAGGAGUCAAUCUGACCAGAUUCACUUAUCCAGAGGUACAGGAAGGAUGGGGGUGCGAAUUCCCAACCUGUGGCCAAGGGUGUAUUUUUAAAAUACAAAUUUAAUUAAUAUCAGAUCCAUUUGGAUGGGGAUUUGUUAUGUAAUCAUCACACAAAACAAAAACAAAAAAAACAACUGACCUUAAGGUACAACUUUAUAAUGAACUUGGAUGAAUAAAUCAGUUCUACUUGUGUUCAGCCGACAGUUUCCUGUGAGUAGGUACAGUUCUUUUUAUGGUUAGUAAUAUUUUGCUAUUUUUACCUGUGAACGCAUAAUAUUUGACCAUCUAGGAUUCCUUAUUAUUUAUCCCAUUAAGUUGCAUUUUGCGCCCUGAUGCGCCCUACUUUAUCAGUUUACUCUGUCUAACGCCAAACGAUUUUACUCGUCAAGGGGAGAGUCCUGGCGCUCAAUUGCUUAAUUCGACUAUCUGGUCAUGUGUCCUGUUAUCCCAUUAAGAUAGUUUAAGAUGCAUCGCGCCUUAAUGCGUCCUACUCUAUUAUUUUACUCCGUUUAACGCAACCACACAAAACGAUUUUACUCGUCAAGGGGGAGCGAGAUUUCUUUAGUAAAAGCAUCUAUCCACUGAAUGUCCAAUAAUUAUUUUUUGCUGCAUUAUUUCAAGGAAUUUAAGCAGGAAAAAUGAAUUGCAUAUUCUUUUUUCGCUUGAAUGCAGGGAAUUAAAACGUAUUUCCAUUUUCAGGCAACAUUUGGAUAUCCAAUUAAAAACAGACUUUUUCCAGAUGAAGAUAGAAUCUUAUCAUCUCGUAUGAUUGCUUACUGGACGAACUUUGCAAAGAAUGGGUAAGCAAAUAAGAUAGUCAUACUAAAACUAAUAAUAAGCAGAGGUAGUAAUAUAACCACUCAGCACAGCAUUUAAGCAAUUAUGAAUCUGGCAUAUUGAGUGUAGGUAGAUUUUGGUGGCAUCAGUGAUGGUCACUGACCUGAAAACUCGAACUGGAUAGUGCAUUGGAACAAAUCUAUUGUGUUAUUAUUAAUAAUAUGUCAGAACAGGUUCCUGUAGUUUCUACAGAGACCAGAGGCCGCGGAAGCACCUCGAAAGUAAUAGUUACUGGCCCUAUCGUAGUAUUAGUGCAAGGUGUCUCGUGAAAUUUGGAUAGACGUGAGGUCGAUAAACAUUGAGGUCUUUGAAAGCAAUCUUUGAAAAACUCACUCGUGCAUGUUAUAUCCAAAUUGCACUCGAAACCAUGCUAUUACCCAUGCUAAUAAACCUCAAAUUUGUACACCUUUGAUAUUUUACAUGACUUUCUAAUAAUCUGUCCGUAUCCUGAGUAUCGACAGCAUCGUGCAGUGCAUUUCUUAUUAGUAAUUUGGGUUCUUUAAAUUAUGUAUGUGAAACAGUAAUAGUUAUUAUAUAGUUCACAUUAUUUGUACCUAUAGUGAUCCAAACGUUGGUGUAGAAAGAAUUGAAUACAACAAGAAAGAGUUUCAAAAUUUGACUUGUUGGCCACAGUUUACCAAGAAUUCAGAAAGUUAUAUAGAGUUCAAACAUCUUUAUGAAGUGGCGAUUGGUAAAAAUAUACGUCAAAAGUAUUGUGAAUUUUGGAAUGAUCCGGAGGGAUUCACACAGAAAUAAGAGAAGAAAAGUUGUUCCCUCGAAGUUGUUUAACCAAGUUUAAUAAUGAUCUGACAUAAUGAAUGCUCAUUUAAUUUUCAAUUUGAACUUUGAAUUGAUCACAAAGAUCACAAUCAACAGAUUUUGAGUAGUUUUUAUAUAAGUAAUGUUUUUAUGGUAUCGAAACUACUACUAGCACUUGUGGUUGCAGCACUUUUGUGUGACUUUUUAUAUUACAAUCUCGAACGACGUGACAAGGAUUACAGUUAAUAUUAAUGGUUAGGAGUGUUUGGACUUAGGAGUUGGGACAAUAGGAUUGAGAUAAAGAUGGGAUUAAUUAGGCUUUAUUAUUUUUAAGGAUUCUUCAGUGGUGGGG